AUGGCCGACAUUACUCUCACGACCGCGAACUGGGCAUACACAUGGGCAAUCUUCUACGCGACAAUACUCCUGACGAUAUCGAUCUCGACAUUCACGCCGCUCGCACACACGGUAUGUGAACAGGCCGGAUUCCCACAGCCACGGGACCAACCACUGCACGUGUACGUGUACCUGUUCGCCGGGUGCCAGUUCAUGCUCGGGUUGUCGCUGGCGGUGCUCGAGGCCGCGGGCGAGUGGCGCGCCGUCAGUGUCAUUGUCGCUUGCGCGCUGCCCAUGGGUCUGCUGGGCACGACGCUCUCGGCCGUGAAAGGCGGUCAGGGCUGCGGGACGGCUUUUUGGUCCCAUGCCUUGCUUACCUCGAUUGGCACGACGGCCGGCUGGAGGCUUUUGGUGGAGAAUUGGUGA